AAUAUUAGCAGUACAUAUAUAAGAACCGUCACUGACUUCCCGGGGAAUAUAGGGUGACAAAAUAACCCAAUCAGCGUAACAGCUUUCCCGCGUCCUUGAUGUAGAAUCCGGUGUUGGAGAAUGAACAAAUGAAUGGAAGAAUGGCGCCAAGAAAUGUUGUGGAGGAGCCAGUGCCCGCCCAAGGGUCCGUACCCCAGGAGGUGGAGGACUCUGAGCCCGAAUUCAAAAGAUCUCCCCAGAGGAUAGUAUGGAGGAACGUCGUCCUUAUGUCUUCCCUUCACCUCGCCUCUUUGUAUGCCCUGACCCUCAUCCCAAGGUCCCACCCCCUCACCUGGCUCUGGACUAUGUUUUACUACAUAUUUUCUGCCCUGGGGAUCACCGCCGGGGCACACCGGCUGUGGGCCCACAAGUCAUACAAAGCCCGGGCCCCACUGCGCUUUCUGUUGGCGCUCAUGAACUCUGCUGCUCUCCAGAAUGAUAUUUUGGAUUGGUCACGUGACCAUAGAGUUCAUCACAAGUAUUCCGAAACAGACGCAGACCCACACAACGCAAAGAGGGGGUUCUUUUUCGCACAUGUUGGGUGGUUGCUGGUCAAAAAACACCCGGAUGUGAUGGAGAAAGGAAGAGGGCUUGAUUUUUCUGAUCUAUAUGCCGACACAAUUAUUAUGUUUCAGAGAAGAUUUUACCGCCCCCUGAUCCUACUGAUGUGUUUUGUGGUCCCUACUGUGGUGCCAUGGUACUUCUGGGGAGAGUCCCUUUGGAACGCCUACUUCCUGUCAGCGUUGCUACGAUACUGUCUUCUGCUAAACGCCACGUGGUCUGUGAACAGUUUUGCCCAUUUAUGGGGCAGAAAACCUUACGACAAAAGGAUUAACCCGGCUGAGAACCUUAGUGUGGUGCUAAGCGCGGUGGGUGAGGGGUUCCAUAACUUUCACCACACUUUCCCUAGUGACUACGCUACCAGCGAGUAUGGCUGGCACCUCAAUAUCACGACUGUGUUUAUUAACUGUAUGUACUAUCUAGGACAGGCCUACGACAUGAAAAAGACCCCGGACAGGGUGGUGCAGAUGAGGAAACAGCGCACGGGGGACGGAAGCUCGUAAUUAUGUGUUCAUGAAAUAAUAAAAAAUCCCAGAAAAC